AAAAAAACCAAGUAUUUCGAAUCUAGAUUAACUUGAGCUGAUUUAAUUUCAUACUUGAAACUUGAAUUUUUAUUUUUUCUUUUGAAUAUCAGCAUAACACAAGCAAUGGGUCUAUUAGCUCGAACAAUUUUAUGCUUUCUUCUACUAAUUCAUCUUUCUCUGUCUUCUGGUUCGUAUUACGCGGUCGGUUCGGGUUAUGAGCAGAAAAAUGAAAACAAUGUACAAGGAGGCGGAAUGAUGGUUAGGAUUAACAGGCGACUAGGUCGUGGUGGUAGCCGUGGUGGUGGUAGAUCACCGUCAUCUAAUGGGGGCGGGACGGCUUCCAGGAGGGUACCUUACACUGGUGGCAUAUAUGCAGCUGGUGCAGGGAGCCACAACAACAAUAACCAUGGCAGUUCUUCUGCACCUCUGAUCAAUCGCAACAGCGUUGGUCUGUUAUCUGCAUUUGUAGUUGCCAUAUUCUUAGGGGUAGAAUUGUGAGGUUUGUAGUUGUUGUACAAAUAUUUUCGUAAGUAUAAUUUGUGUGUAUAAAAACCUUUUAUUUAUUUUUGAUGGGAGUGUGUAUAUAAACUGA